AUGGUCAGCACCCGCUCGUCCUCGCGCGCCGACAGCGCCGGCCCCGAGCCCACGCCCACGUCCACGUCCACGCCGUCAACACCAACGCCGGCCACGCGCAAGCGCAAGCCGGCCACCUCGGCGCCCUCGACCACGACGCGCCGCCGCGCCCACCGCGCCUCCGCCUUCGAGCACACCCCGACCUUCUGGACCCUGCUCUGGAUGGCCGUCUCCCUCCCCCUCGUCAUCUGGGACACGGGCUACGUCCUCGGCCGCCCGCACACCAUGGAAGGCGGCGCCGCCCACUGGCCCCUCUGGCUGCCGUACAAGCUGUACGGCGAAGUCGACCACAUCUACGGGUGGAAGGCGUUCCACGCCAACAACGGCUUCACCGCCGCCCAGGGCCUCCUCAACGUCGUCGAGACCCUCAUGUACGCCGUGUACCUGUGGCUGUGGUACUCGCGCGGCGAGGCCACCGCCCACGGGAGGGUGGUGACGGGCCGGCCGGGCGCGCUGGCCGUCCUCAUCGGCUUCAGCUCCGCCGUCAUGACGCUGAGCAAGACGUUCCUCUACUGGUCCAACGAGUACUUCUCUGGCUUUGACAACAUUGGCCACAACAACCCCGUUGAUCUCGUCUUCCUCUGGAUCAUACCCAAUGGCGCGUGGCUCAUUGGCUCAGCGUACAUGGCCUGGUCUAUUGGCGCUGAAAUCCUCGAUGGCUUGGAAGCUGCUUCGCACGUGAAGAAGGAGUGA